AUGGCAAGCGCAACCCAACUCAGCUUCAACGAUAACGCCGUGCUCGGCGCACUGUUCGACCCAGAAUCCUCUCUCUCAAACAGCACACAAAUCAGCGACACAAUUCCAUCACAAGCCGCAAUUCCGGAACUUCAAUCCAUUCAGGCAGCAGAGCGAGAAGCGCUCUUGCCUUUGAACCAGGAGGAACCGUCGGAAAGCGACAUUUGGAAGUCAAUCUCGCAGUUAGACACAAUUAUCCACAACAACCCGACAUAUGCCUCGGCGUGGAACAACCGAGCUCAAACGCGAAGGAUGCUGUACGACAUUGAACAGCUGUGCCAGCAGGUGCAGGAGUUGAGGAUGGUACUUGAUGACCUCUCACACGCCAUCGAUCUUGCAACUCCAAAGAAUCCAUUGGCUCCUGUGCCAGCCAUGGACGCCAAGGUGCUGGCUUCUGCGCAUACUCAUCGAGGAUAUUUGUUGUACUCCGCCUCGCGGUCAGCGAAGCUAGCGAAAGCUGUUAUCAGCUCCGUACCCAACCUUCACAGACUCGACAAGGACGGCCUGGAGGAAAUGGCAAGUCGAGAGUUUACACUCGGAGGUCGAUAUGGAAACGAUACUGCGAGGCAGCUUGCCGUCAGAACCAACCCGUACGCAAAACUUUGUGGUAGUAUCGUAAAGGAGGCUAUGCAGAAAGAAGUGGCGGACUAUAAUUCGCAGACCCAGGAGGUCCGAAGUUGA